CUCUUGUCAUCUCACUCUCUGUCUUUCGUCUCUUUCUCUCUCUCAAGUCUAAAGUGUAGCCUAUCUUUCUCCCAAACCGAAGCCAAAAUAAAUACACACAGCGAAGUUCUCAACGAAGACUUUUCCUCAACGCUACAAGGAUCGCCGUCGUUCGCCCGGCCCCCUUCUCUCAUUUCUGCCGAUCGCCGUGAUAAGUUUAUCAGGAGUUCCAUACAGAAACUAAUGAGUGAUCAUCUAGAUUCUGGUGCUGACCGGAAUAUAGCGCCUGAAAAUUCACAACCAACAGUAGGUGCUGAUAUACUUCCGCCUUCUGGGGGUUCUUCUUCUCAGCCUGUUGAUAAAUCCACUUGUUUUAUUGAUAUGGAGCGAGUUGGAGAACAUGAUGGUUGCGAUGAAAAGGAGCCACUUAUUCAGACAGUGGAAUGCCGAAUUUGCCAGGAGGAAGAUAGCCUGGUGAAUUUGGAGGUUCCCUGUGCUUGUAGCGGCAGUUUGAAGUAUGCUCAUAGGAAAUGUGUUCAGCGAUGGUGCAAUGAAAAGGGAGACAUCAUUUGUGAGAUAUGUCACAAGCCUUACCAGCCUGGAUAUACUGCCCCACCACCACCACCGCAGCCAGAAGACACUGCAAUCGAUAUAGGCUUCAUUUGCUUAAUGAAUUGCUACAUUUCUAUUUCUAGCAGUGAAGGUUGGACUAUUGCUGGCACUCCAUUGGAUCUGCGUGAUCCCCGAAUUUUGGCAAUGGCUGCUGCUGAACGCCAUUAUCUAGAGGCUGAGUACGAUGAGUAUGCUGAUAGUAGUGCGAAUGGGGCUGCAUUUUGUCGAUCUGCUGCUCUAAUUCUAAUGGCUCUUCUACUCUUGAGGCAUGCUAUGUCCCUAAGCAAUUCAGAUGAUGAUGACGAUGAUGCAUCUACAUUUUUCUCUCUUUUCUUGCUUAGAGCUGCUGGGUUUCUUCUGCCAUGCUAUAUCAUGGCUUGGGCUAUCAGCAUUCUUCAACGAAGAAGGCAUAGGCAGCAGGAAGCAGCAGCACUUGCAGCAUCAGAAGUUGCCUUCAUGAUACAGGCAGGCCAGCACCCAGGCUUGCAUUUCACAGUAGCUGCUGGUCCCGCAUUAACAACUCCUGAAGAAGCAGCACCUCCUCCGCCUCCAAGACAUUCAGCUUAACUGAUCUAGUAAAUUUAUUUGUGGUGGUUAUGGAAAACAUGAGAAGGUUCUGUGAUUGUCCGUCCAAGUUGUAGCAUACAUCUUUAAAUAUGAUCCUUUCCUUUCGGGACACCGCCUAUAUGUCUCUCCUGUGACUUGACCUGAGCGGGAUAUGUUUCCUUGACAUAUGUAUUGAUGUACAUAGAUUGAUCUGUGAUGUAUGUCUCCAGCCGCCGUUUGUUUAUGCUGCUUUGGGAUCUUUAUAAUGGCAGGGGCUGAGCUGUUGUUUGUUUGAAUGAUGCAUGUUACGCUAAUAUGUAUAACUAAUCUUGCUGUUUUUCGUGGGCUUAAUUGCAAGUUUGGUCACUCGAAUUGCUACAA